UAUUCUCCAAUUUCCAUAUCCAUAAUGGAUUAUUUCUCUUCAAACUUUACAGUCAUUCUAGGCAUUCUUGCUUUACUGGUAUUCUAUAACCUGUGGGGAACGAGAAAGACUCCAAAAAUAAAAAACAAAGGCGGUUCUUUACCACCGGAAGUGGCUGGCGCCUUGCCAUUUAUCGGCCACCUUCAUAAACUCGGCGACCGAAAACCAUUUGCCCGAAUUUUGGGCGAAAUUGCUGAUAAUUACGGCCCCAUCUUUACAGUCCGGCUAGGGAAGCAUCCUACGAUUGUAAUAAGCGACCAAAAUAUUCUGAAAGAAUUCUACACAACACACGACAAAUUCUUCGCGUCGCGGCCACCGUCAAGCCAAUCUAAAUAUUUAGCUUACAAUUACGCAGCUUUCGGCUUCGCGCCUUACAGUACGUACUGGCGCGACGUGCGUAAGCUAGCCAUGGUUCAGGUACUGUCUCUCCAUAGACUCAAGUUACUCCAACAUGUUCGAGUAACAGAGGUCAGUCACAUUGUUCAAGAUUUGUUUUUGAAAUGUAAAGAGAAUGGAAAUUGUUCGGUUGAUAUGAGUGAAUUGCUGGAACAUUUGGUUUUGAAUAUAAUAACAAGAAUGGUGGCCGGAAAGCGUUAUUUUGACGGUAAUAGUACCGGAAAUGAUGAAAAUAGACGUCCGAUUGGACAAAUCAUGAGAGAGUUUAUGUAUCUUGCUGGAGUUUUUGUUGCUUCUGAUUUAAUCCCGUUUCUUGGAUGGUCGGAAUUUCUUGGUCCGGUUAAAACUAUGAAGAAGGUGAUGAAAGAGUUUGAUAAUAUUAUAGAAAAUUGGAUUCAUGAACAUGAGUCUAAACGGGUCAACGGUGAGUCAAAUGUUCAUCAGGAUUUUAUCGAUGUUUUGUUGUCUGAAAUUAAGGAUGAUUCAACGUUCGGUAAUUCCCGUAAAACGGUUAUCAAAGCUACAAUACUGACUGUUAUUGUUGGAGGAGCUGAUACAACAUCUAUAACCAUGACAUGGAUAUUAGCCAAUCUAUUAAACAACAAGAAGGCAUUAGAGCUUGCACAAGAGGAGAUAGACCAAAAAGUUGGGAGAGACAGAAUCUUAGAAGAAUCUGACUGUGAAAACCUGGUCUACCUCAAAGCAAUCAUUAAAGAAACAUUAAGGUUAUACCCAGCAGGGCCACUCGCAGUACCACGUGAGUCAAUGGUAGAUUGCAAUUUCUAUGGAUACCAUAUUCCAAGAGGAACUCGUUUUCUGACAAAUUUAUGGAAACUACAUCGCGACCCAAAAGUUUGGGCCAAUCCUGAUGAGUUCAAGCCAGAGAGGUUUCUAACAAGCCAUGCAGAUGUUGAUGUUGUCGGCCAGAAUUUUGAGCUCCUGCCAUUUGGUUCCGGAAGAAGGUCUUGUCCUGGACUUAACUUUGCAAUGCAAGUUGUACAAUUGGGUAUUGGAAGAUUGCUUCAGGGAUUUAAUUUAAGAACACCAUCGAAUGAGCUUGUGGAUAUGACUGAAAGCUUGAAUAUAUCAUUGUCUAAGGAAACUCCUCUGGAAAUUGUUCUCACACCUCGUUUGGCUCCUCAGCUUUAUCAAGCAGUAGAAGAGACUUAAUUGGAUUUAAUUUGUGUUUUUUAAAUAAAGAGAGCUCCUGCAUAAUAAUUUCUCAGCUAUGUACUCUCUGUGUGUGUUUAAUAAUUGUGGAUCAAUUUAUGUUUUUUAAUUAUAAUUAAGCUGAUUUUCUUGGUUUGGUUAUAAUCAAGCCAAGUUCAUGUAUUAUUUAUCAUAUUUCAAUAAUCUAAUAGUAUAUUUAUCGGUGCGUACGUA